AUGUCUCUUAUUAAGGCUGUUCUGAUUAUCUUUGUGUUAUAUGCCGUUGAUUAUUUUGUGGUCUGUGAUGCAAAAGAAAAUAAUCAAACCUCGUCAACACAAAAUAAUCAAACCUUGUCAACACCUUCAAAAUCAACACCACUGAACAGUACUAAAACAGACAAAAACAAACCAUACAUCUAUACAGAAUGGAGUGAAUGGGAGACACUCAGUGAAUAUGAAUUAGAAGAAGAACGCAAAAAGAAGGAACAAGCAGAAAAAGAUUCGGAAUGGGAAGUUGUAACAGAAAUUGUGACAGAAAUAAUACACCCGAAACGCAAUGAAACCAUUGAGGAAACAACAAUGGAGAAAAAUAUAACCGUUCCAAGAAGAGGCAGUUACAAUGAGACCAUUGAAGAGACGAUUAAGAGACAAGGAGGCACUGUUCCAAGGAAUCGGACGGAAAUAGAGACCAUUGAAGAGACGAUCAGGAGACAAGGGGGAACCAUUCCGAAGAAUCGGACGGAAACAGAGACCAUUGAAGAGACAAUCAGAAGACAGGGAGGCACUAUUCCGAAGAAGCGAACAGAAACCGAGACCAUUGAAGAAACCAUCAGAAGAGGGGGAGGCACUGUUCCGAAGAAGCGAACAGAAAUAGAGACAAUUGAAGAGACGAUCAGAAGGCAAGGAGGAACUAUUCCGAAAAAACGAACAGAAACAGAGACCAUUGAAGAAACCAUCAGAAGAGGGGGAGGCACUGUUCCGAAGAAACGAACAGAAAUAGAGACCAUUGAGGAAACACUCAGAAGAAAAGGGGGAAUUGUUCCGAGGAAGCGUACGGAAAUAGUGGAAACUGAUAUUCGAGUGCGUAAGGGCAUACCUAAGAAACGAACAAUUUUCAUUGAAACCAUUAUUCAGAAAAUGAACAAGUUCUGGCGUCGUCCAGUAAGAAUAUAUCGAAGAGCAGGUGGUGAUAUUGCAAUAUAUGUACGAAAAUCCGGUAAUCGACGUAUUCGCAUACAUAGAGGAGUUGCACUUUGGGGUAGACGAAGAUGUGUGAUUCGGGGAGGAAAUGAAACUAAAAAAGAUACGCCAAAGAAAAAGUUUGUCUACACAGAUUGGAGUGACUGGGAAACAGCCUAUGAAUAUGAAUCAGAACAGAAAGCAAGUAAAAAAGGCGUUAAAGCCGGUAAAGGUGGAAAGGCUGUAACUGAAGAUUCAGAAUGGCAGAUUGUAACAGAAAUUGUGACGGAGAUUAUUAAACCAAAACGUAAAGAGAAGACCGUUGAAGAAAUUACGAAGGAAGAAAUUGAAACAGUUCCAAAAAAGAAAACGGAAAUAGAAACCAUAGAAGAAACAACCACAACAAAAAAAGAUGGAAAGGUUCCAAAGAAAGUGACGGAAACAGAAACUAUUGAAGAAAUAACCAAAAAGGAAGGUGGAGCUGUACCUAAGAAACGAACAGAAAUUGAAACAAUUGAGGAGACUACAAGAAAAGAGGGUGGAACUGUUCCGAAGAAGAGAACAGAAAUUGAAACGAUUGAAGAAACUACCAAGAAGGAAGGAUUACCUAUUCCAAAGAAAAGGACAGAAAUAGAAACAAUUGAGGAGACUACAAGAAAAGAGGGUGGAACUGUUCCGAAGAAGAGAACAGAAAUUGAAACAAUUGAAGAGAUAACCAGGAGAAAGGCUGGAAAGGAUCCGAAGAAGCGAACAGAAAUAGAAACUAUUGAAGAAACAACGAGAAAGGAGGGUGGUACUGUCCCAAAGAAGAGAACAGAGACUGAAACUAUUGAAGAAAUAACCAGACGAAAAGGAAGGAAGCCGAGAACGAGGACUGAAAUAGAGACUAUAGAAGAGAGGAGACGGCGAUUAGGUAAAAGGGUUGUGAAGAGAAGAUCAAUACUUGAUACGAUUUCCGAUACUGUCACGGGUAUUAUUCGUCCAGUAAUCAGAGGUAUUGAUAUAGGAAUAUUCGGCAGACGUGCUGACAAACGACGUAUUCGUGUGCACACUGGAAGUAGAAUAGGCGUCAAAACACGAUGUCAAAUUCGUGGUGGCAUUGGUAUAGGCGUCAGACGAUGCUGUAGAGCCUGUAUAAGAGGUGGAGUUGCAGUUCGUGGAGUUGGUGUACGUGUUGGUGGAUGCUGUAGAAGAUGCCGGUGCUGUCAAGUGCGUUCGUGUUGUCGUGCAAGGACAUGCUGUCGUCGGUGUUAAGCAGUUUCAAAUUCAAAAUACGUUUUUUUUAAUUCACUUAUUCAAUUCUCUAUUCAAACAUUGAGUACUUUUGACUAACUUAGUUUGUGGAAGAUUUAAAAUCAAAAAAAUUAAUAUUUAAUGCUUG